AUGGCUAGCUUUGCUCCUUUGAAUAUCGAGAUCGAGUCGGAGAGCGAGGACGAGGUUGACGACAGCAAAGAAAUUCAGAUCGAAGAAGCUCUGAAGCUGUAUCAGAACGCUUUAAAAUUGCAUUCCCAGGGUCCAGAUUUCUACAGCGAGGCGGAAGAUGCCUACAACGAGCUGUUUCGAUCCGAGAUUUUUACUUACCCAGAAUCACUUUCUGAAGCCCAACGUAUUGAGAGUUAUGGCGCGGUUGAGGACUUGGAAGAUAAUUCCGAAGACGACUUUCUUCCCACAAUUACGACCACAACCACAGGCGCAGAUGUUGCUCCAAGCAGUCUCCCGCAGAUUUUGUACCUUGCAUACAAAAACCAUGGCCAAUUUCAGCUUGAUAGACUGAAAGCCCGUCUUAGUCGUAUAGAGCAAGAGAUCAGACCUGACGACCAUUUGACUCCUACGAAGCUAAUCUUCGGGACGGCGUCUUUCAGCUUGAAGCUUUUUGUCGAGGCUCUAGACCGAGAUGAUACGGAUCUGGAGCUGUGGCGACAAGUUGCAAGAGUUGCUGGGCUCCUAGGCAGUCGCCGGAUCGCAAGAUUCUGCUUGGAGUCUGUGGUAGAUACUGACGAAGGAGAUUUCGACCCCUGGGCGGAGCCUCUGGGUCUUGAAGAGAGCUUCGCUCUAGAGCAGCUGAAGCCUCUACUAAGAUCGUUGAAUGACCAGCUUUCGGAAUCUCAACUGACUGCGAAAUCCCACAAGCACAGAAAGCUGAUGGGCUUGUUGAAGCGAAAUGUCGAUCCUUUUCCGUAUCUGCCCACCAAUGCAAUCGGCCUUCCAGCCCAGAGCGUUACGCACCCUGCGAAGAUUCAAGUUAUCACAGUUCCUCUCAGGACUUGGGCAAGCUGCGGCAAAGCCAUCUUGUUUCGACUCAAUCAGGAAGCGCAAGGGUUGGUCAAUCCAGUCCCUGGGGCCGGCUACUCACUGGCCAUUCCAUCGAACAACUCAGCUAGUAUCCUCCCGCCACCGGCCAGACAAAUGCCCAAUCGCGAUAUCACUGCAGACCACGAUCGACAACCAUUUGUCCGCAGCCCCACCGAGGAUAAAGCGGAAUAUGUGGAUGCGCUAAUGGAGGUAUCAACGGCGGAGGGACCAGCAGAACGUAAUGAGGCCCGACCCAUUGACUUGAGUGGCUCCGUUGUUCGGCAAGCUAUGGGAUCUCCCAUCAAAAUUAGUCAGAUUGAAGAUCGCGGAUACGAAAACGUUGUAGAAUUUCCGCUCGCGCAAGGACGUGCAGAGAAUGGCGGAUUUGCAGUCCGACCAGCUGGUCCGGUGGCCUUGCCAACACGGAAAAGGUCUUCUGAAGCAGCCGAGCUACCCGACUCCACAGAUAUAGGGCGUUCGCGAAGCAAGCGAAUCAAAGCUCGGGGUUCUAUAGACCCCGAUUCAUUGAAGGACACUACAGCAGAGGAUUGGGCCAAGUGGUACGAGCAACAAUUGCAGAUAUAUCAUGAAGCAGACGAGCCAGCUUUUGGCACUGUGCAAGGAAUGCUGACAAAGCUUGGGUCCCAAGAAUCAGGGUCAUUAAAAGUACUUCGUGAAAUUUUAUCAAACCAGUGUACAGCAUCAAAUGAAGCAGUCAAUGGCGCAAUGGAGUCGCCGAAUACGGCAGCUCAGGAUCUGAAGACGAUGCUUGAUGAAUGGGACCUGCCGAAGAGCAAAGCAUUCUUGAGUGGACACGAUACCAAAGAUUCUGCUGGGCCCAUCGGCGGAACUCAGAAUCCAGGCUUCACGGCGUUCUUAGAGCAUUCAAGUCAGGAAACUCAAGUCUCACCAAAGCGGGCCCUUUUGCCUGGCGAUCACGCUUUAGAUGACUUUGCAAGACACCUUGACGACGGGAGCUGGCAGGGCCUACACCAGAUUUCCUAUGAGUGGAUAUCCUGUCUUCUGAGUCCCGGCACAUUUGAGGCAGAACUUGUGUCGUUGUACGAGGCUUAUUCGUGGCCGGAUUCUCUCAAAGAAGCCGUUGUGCAAAUGCUUGUUAAUGAGGACGAGGCGAUAUUCUCACAGACGAAUCGUCUGGCUGACUUGAUAGAGCAGCAAAGCCGAGCUUAUGAGGAUACGCUGGAACUAGAACGCUUCAACAAGUCUAAAAAAAGCCACGUUCAACUGGUGCAGGCUAUCUAUGAACUGCACUUAGAUGUUUAUGGGCGAAUCACCAACCCUAGCAGCGAAGUUGAUGCGAUGACGCGGCUUCUGCAACGCGAUCGUCUUUGUCGCUGGGCUGCAUUCUCGAGCAAGCUCAUGAAUCAAUGGCUAAAUUUACCUGAUGAUGAGGGCUGGUCGUCAGAUGAACUAGAAAUUCGGUUCAUGUGGUCUUCUGUUGUAUGCACCAGCCUCCUUGAACCAGCUUCACGCGAUCACACAAUCCUGUGCUUUCAAGAUCUGAUCCGUAUCCUUAACAAGACGCGUCUCAAGCAUGAGAUCGAUCUUAUCAUUGACCUACCUAACAACGCAAUAAUGCCUGAGAUCUCUGUGGAAGCUGCAGAGAAGGAAAUCUCGAGACUUACGACGUUGGAUUUUUUCAUGGGCAUCUUCAGCUCCGAGAACAAUGAUCCACUAACCAUCAUUGAAAGCUUGGAGCCACUGCUUGAUCUCUCAGUACAGCAAGUGAAGGCGAUGGACGAAACCAGCUCUGAGAGCACUGAAGGUGGUGACCCAGAAAUCCCGCUCGCGGAACAGUCCGAGGUACCAACAGAUCCCAAAUUGCUUGAGGCAUUGCAAUUCCUAAACCGAGGGAGCCUGCCUUUAAGACUGUUUCUCUGGCAAAGAUUGCGGAACGCUUAUCAAGCAAUCCAUUAUCCGCCCCAGGUACUUUGCUGCAAUCUGAGGAGUUUUGCGCUCAUCACUGAUCACCUCGCCUCGUCAUCCUACACAGACAGCAGCCCAGGAAAUCGCUAUGACAGCUUGCUCCGUUGGUUGAACAAACUUGACGAUCUCUUGAUCAAGAUAUUAGGAGCCGCACUUUUCCACAACGACGCUUUCGAGACUCUAGAUGUGGAGCAUAUCCGCGUAUCCUUGGAGGCUUUAAUAAGAUUGCGGGACAUCCUGCAUGUCUUCGCAUUAUGGGAAGACACGAUUCGAGUUGGUAAAACGCAGGUACCCACCUCCGUGAGCCAGACUGCCCUCAGAGGCUUGAGCAAGUCCACGGACAAAUUCCGUGACAUGAUCGUCAGAACCUGGACCUUACAGUACAUACUCCUCAAGGAAGCAAACAAACAAAGCCCAGGGUUGUUCACCAAUUCGGAUGAGAUACUGCUUCAUUACUUGAAGCGGGUCCAUCAGACAUUAGGCCUACGAUGCUACUGCAGCCUCGCAGACAAGAUGUUCCUGAAGCUGAUGAAAAGCGAGCUUGAGGGAUUCAAGCUUGCGGAAGGAUGGGACACUGACAUGGCUCAGUUGGUAUUUGAUCUCUAUGGUCUGAAAAUAUCUUCAACUACGGCAGAAAUGCAAGAUCAUGGCUGUCUUCCUGAGGAGCUCGACCGUCGUACCGCGGUGGAAGUCAUGGACACCGUCAUGCUACAUGUCAAUAGACUCAGUAUCAAGGACUUACUGAAGAGCGACCUCAAAUUUGCCGUGGACAAGAUGCAGCAAGUCAUCAAAAUACCCAAGGUCACAACGAACGCGACGGCGAGGACCUUCAACCACCGGCUCGCGAAUAAUUAUCUGAAAUCACCUAUCAAUCCUGUUGAUCUGUACCGGUCCUUACGAGGCAUUGGCGGCCUUUGUGGGAAUCCCGCACGUAGCGAGGGGUCCGAGAUCGCUGCAAAAGGCUGGUACUUCUUGCUCGGUCACAUUGCUCUUGCCAAAUUUCGUUCGCUGAAACGCUCCCCAGUGGGAUCAACGGAUGACCUCGAAAUUGCUAGGACGUUUUUCAGGCAUGACCUCGAAUUCGAUAUCGACAGAUGGGAGACGUGGUAUAGACUAGCCCAGGUAUACGACGCCAUGAUUGAAGAAGACAGUACGUGGACGGCAGACAAGCUAGACAAUCACAUGGCGGACCUGGCAGUGUUGCAACGAAAGGCUAUACACUGUUACGCUAUGGCUAUGGCAGUAGGAACACGUUGCGGAGACGCGUCAUUCGAAGGAACGAGCAAGAUGGCUGAUCUUUGCGCUGACUUUGGUACAAGGAUCUACGCCUCAACUCGAGAGCCAUUUUCAAUGCGAGCUUUUGACAUGAACGAUUUUAUGAGGUUUUUCAAUAGAGCUGGGCAGGGCAUGUAUGAGAACCAUCAAUUCCCAGGUCUGAAUCUGUAUUCAGCUUGGAAAUUUGCAAGUUCUUUACUUCGUCGGGCUUCGAUCCAGAAACCUCAAGACUGGGUAGUCUCCUACAUGCUUGGCAAGGUGCUUUGGAAGAUGCACAGUUAUGGCGACAACGUCUAUAGUAACGCUAAGCGCAUUGGAUAUCAAUUUGUCAUCGAUGCAUUUGUACAAGCUAUUGAGUCAUGUCCGGACAAGCGUGACAGUCGGCACCCUGACAAAGAUCCGAUUCUCGAGCCUCAUUAUAAACUUGUUUCGGUGGUCUAUAAGCUUCGCCUUUCAAGACAAAUUUCGGUAGAGGAAGGUUGCCGGAUCUUGAAGGCUACGCCAUACUCACGGAAAGUCCCGGAUGUUCAAGACACAGAGGAUUGGGCAAGCUAUAUUCUGCAAAUUAUCAAAGCCCUUAGAUCCGCAGAUAAGGCAAAUUGGCACCAUCGUAUGGUAGCAAGAGCGGCUCACAUCAUCUACAAUAAUAAUUCGAACGAAGCACAAACUGCUCUAGAUGCAAAGCAUGAGAUCACACAACAGAUCUUCACAAAGACCAUGGCCAUCCAAGUUUGGAAACCUGACAAUGAACGGGCUGGGAGACACUUUGUCUAUACUGGUCGAUACGUCAGAUUCUUCGUUCGACUUCUCUAUCAAUUGAAUGACAAGUCUAGCUUAGAGGCGCUGGCACGGCGAAUUCGCAAGAAAGCUGGUGACUUUGUUGGUCAUGCUGGGAUAUGGCAAGAACUCUGUCAAGCAUAUCUAAAACUCCUGCGCAACCAGCCAUUCUGCAAAGUACCCGACCACUACCAAGAAGAUGUAUUCACAGGCAUGAACCCGGAAACGUUUCAGCUUAACGCCUCUCGUCUCGAAGUCUCUGUACAUUCGACGAUGACGAACUCUCCAAUCCUCGAAAUUCUACGCGAAGCAAUCGAAUUCAAAAAACUGAACAAUAACUACUUUAAGAGUGGAACUUUCGAGGAGCUCAUUGGAGACAUAUAUGCACAUCUCUAUGACACCUUCGUACCCGAACUCAUCGCCAAAGAGACCGCUGAAGAAAACAGAGUCCGCAUGAGACUGGAUAACAUACUCGCAGCCCCAAACAACGCCGCUGAGACACCUCCACCGGACCAGGCUGGCGAACAAGGUGCGGAGCGGAGGACCAAAGCCAAUCGGGUCACUCCCCGGGAGAUCAUCAGAAAGGCUGAAGCUAUCGCUAUACGGCCCGCUCCUAUGGUUCCAGCUAAGGCACUCAAAUCGUUAGCACCAGCGCCUGCUUCUGAGCAAGACAGACCUGCUCCCAACUCACCAGUAGUAGCCGUCGUCAUACAUGAAGACCCGGUUAGGGAUUUAGGAAGCAGCGUUCCAGGGAGUGUACAUGAUAGCGCGGAUGACGAAAGCGAGUUGAGCGAGGUCGAUGAGGAGGUGGCAGAAGACAACCCCGUAAACGCAGUGGAGAGUAGGCCUCCAUUAUUCCCUAAUCUCGUGAAAGUGGGGACGAACGAAUCCGCUGGGGCAGAAAAUGGAGGUGGCUUUGUUACUGCGAACGAAGCUCAGGAUGAUGAGGAAGACGACGACGACGGCGACGAUGACGACGAAGAGAUGGGAGCCCCGCAAGAGGACCAAGCGGAAGUCGAGGGUCAAGUAGGCCUGGAAGAGCAAGAGCCAUAA